UCCCGUUCAUGACGGCCGUGUCCCUGCGCGCUUCGAUCCCAUUGACCACCUUCCCGUCGAACGAGCGCUUCUUGUUUUCUCCAUCUCUUGCUGAGUCGGUUGCGCUGUGGUUCAUCAUGAGGAUGCCGGGCAUAGUCUGGGCGCCGUCAUGCAGCUCGCCGGCGCGCUCGCCACGUGUGCUCGGCGCGCAGUCGCGAUGAUGGCGGUGGGAGCCGUGCACGGUUCAGUCGUAUGCGCAGGGAAGAGGGCGUCCGGUAGCAGCAACGUUGCGGGUGGAGGGCGGCCUCUGAAGGGUUGCGGCGGGCCGACGGGCGGGCCAACGUCUACGGGCGUGCAAGUAAGGGGCGAAGGCCGAUCGGCGGGAGAAUGCACGUAUAGCGAGAGGCUCGAGUUGGCUGGCGGCGCCGGGGUAUCGUGAAGGCGCGCUUUGGUUGCAAGCAGAGGGCCCAAGCAGAAGGCAAGCAGAAGGUC